AUGCCUCUUGUGAGCGUUGCAAGCCAACAUGCAACGGACUCCAUGGACUGCUCUCUCCCCAGUGCUGGAUGUGUGACGCGGGAAGCAGCAGAAGCAGAACCAGAGACACCUGUAGGAGAAUUGCUCGGGGGAUGCGGUUCUCCAGCUCCUCUUUUAUGUGGGUCAACGCAACAGCAGCACCACCCCCAGCAGCAGCCUCAGCAAAAGCAGCAAGAGCGGCUGGAGCAACAGCACAAACGGGAGCCACCUAAACAUGAGCAGAAUGAGGAAUGCCAGGAGGAUCAACAAAACCACCAACAGCAGCAGCAUCAACAGGGCGCCAAGCGUCGUCGCUUGUGUUCUGGGUGCGAUCGCCCCUGUUCAGUUUGCUACUGCAGCAUCAUACAAGGGCGAGAUUUGAGUCUUUCUGAGCAGGAUGUCUGCUCCGUUGUCAACAGAGUCCUAAUCUUCAUGCAUCCUCUUGAAAAAAAGAGAAAGAACGGCUCUGUCCGUGUGCUACAGAAGCUCGUUAAGGGCAUAGAAAUUUGGCCUCACAGAAGGCCCGGCUGCUGCCCGUUUGCUGCAGAGGAGCAGCGGCAGCAGCAUGCAGGGGAGGAGGAGCAGGACGAAGUACAGAGAAAUAUAGCGAACCAAAGCGUGGAAGGAACUCCUCGUGACUCUGGAGCAGCAGCAGGCAGUGACGGACUGGAGAAGGCAGGUGCUUCCGGCUGUAGAGUUGACGGUGCAGGGGAACGGUCUCAGCAACAGCAACACCAGCCCAAGCAACAGAGGCAGCCACAGCUGGAGCAGCAGCAUCAGCAGCACCUCUGUACCCGCGAGGGUGUUGCGGUGUGCGACACGAGCAGAAUGGUGCUCCUUUUUCCUACAGAGUCUUCUCUCGCUCUAGGAGUUGGAUCUCUGCCUGUUCGUCUGCCUGUGACUCUCUUAGCUAUCGACGGAACAUGGAAAGAGGCCAAAGAGAUGUUUAGCGCUGCUCCCUGGUUGCAAGAACUGCCCGCUGUCCACCUUCCCGUUCAACAGAAGGUGGACCCACAGCACCAUGCCAGUGUCGGCAGUGCUGUUGGUCAUGAUCCUUCUGCUGCUGGCGUUGGUGAUGCUGCUGCAUCCUGCGGCGGCAGCAUGAGCAAGAUCGACAACUCAGAGGCGCUCCGCGUAUCAGGUGCUUAUGGAAUGAUACGAACUCCUCCGGCCAGUGUAGCUGCAAGCGGAGGCGUCUGUACAGCCGAAGCAAUUGCCCAAGCUCUGUCGGCUUUGGGACGUUGGGGCCGCAGCCGUUCCUCAUCGCUGUUGCAAAUAGGUGAAACCACAAGGGAAACACUGCAGCACAUAGUCUCGCUGCAGCAACGCAUGCGAGAUGAAAGCAGUGACCAAAAACUAACCGCUUGA